AUGACCGCGCCCGCGUCUCGGAGCACCACGUGGUCAUCCUCUGUGCACGCAUCAGAGGACCACGUGACCUCCGUGCGCCGAGGACACGCCCCCUCACAGUCAGAAUCCAUCCUACCGGUGAGGGGAAAGGAACUUCACUGCAGACAUGAUGCUGCUGAUGGGAUUGGUGCUGAGUACAUUGAUGCUGAUCAACUGGCUACGCAGAAUUCAGCACAUACGGAUCAGGACUUCGAGAAAUGUCGUCUCCUGGGCAAACAGAAUUGUUAUGAUGGCUUCAUUUAUUUUAGUUCUUGCUACAAGUUUGUUCUUGAGAAAAAGUCUUGGAUUGAUGCUGAGUGGCACUGUCGAUCGCUGGCUCCUGGUGGUCAUCUUGCUUCCAUACACUCGGAGGAGCAGAGUCAUUUUAUUCGAAAGAAUUCAUCCCCAUCUAAAGGUUUUUGGAUUGGCUUGAAUGACAUCUACAAGGAGGGGACUUACCUCUGGACUGAUGGAUCUUCAUCAGAUUUUAUGAUGUGGAGGUUGAACCAACCCGAUAACUUUCGUGGUGAAGAAAAUUGUGUGCAAGCCGUCGGGAAGUUACUUUACUGGAACGAUAUGUUCUGCAAAGUCAAAUUACAUUCCCUUUGCUCCUACAAACUGCCAGGUCUCUGCUCUACUAAAUGAAACCAACAACGCUCCAUGGAUCCUGACUGAGAGUGGAUGUAGUGCCUCCAUCUACUUGUAGUUGCGGUCACAGCCAAUGAUGACUGUACUGACUUAGUUUCUCAGCCAAGAUUAAAAAUUACAUCAUGA